AGAAAAUAUAGCACUUCCGGUAUGACGGCUGCAUUGUACUCUAGGGAGGAGCGUACGCGUCUGCAUCCAGGAGCUGUGUUGUUAUCACAGACGCAGUUCCAUUGAACACUAUUGUGUAAACACGUGUAAACUGGUACAUACAAACCUGUAAAACCGAUUUUUUUUUUCUAAAAGUAAUAUAAAAAAAGAAUAUAUAAAAUACGUUUCAUAUUAGGCACAUAAGUUGUUAUCCUACCUGUCAUUUCAGUUUGCUGUAUGCAUCCGAGUGCAGCUUCCAAUCAAAAUGUUUACUUUUAAGAUUAAAUAUUUCCUUCUGAUAUAUUCCCAGUUGCAUUUGUGGAACAAAACGAUUGUUGCCUCCCAGGUACACUGAAAAAUAAGCAACUAGGCUCUCACUGAGUUGGCAUCGUGACAAAUCCACAAUCGUAGCAAUCUCUGUCUCAUAGUCAGUCAACAAACAAAGGCUUGAAAUAAAAACAUGUGUGCUAGGAGGAGGAGGCAUGUCUUGUUUGCUGCAUUUACAAAAAUAAUAGAAUAUCUUAUGUUAUAUUUUAAAAAAGACAUGUACUGUAAUGCAUGGGUUACAUUGACUCACGUGGCAGUUCUAGGUAGAACUGUUUAUAACUUUAUCAUUUUUGCGACUCUGGCUAUCAAACGCCUUCAGGAUAUUUAAUUCAUAUAUUUAGAAAAGUCAAAAAUGGACAUACACAUACGAUUUACAACAGAAGAGUAAUUAACAUUUCAAAUGCAAAAUGGGUUAAACUGACGCGCAUGGCAGUUCUAGUAUGAAUGUGUAAUUAUUAUUAUUAUUAUUAUUAUUACUUAGCAGAUGCCCUUAUCCAGGGUGACUUACAGUCAAAAAUACAUUUCAAACAAUUAAUAUUUACUGAAUGUUCCUUUGUACUAAAACACCUUAACUGGUAUAAUAUUAUUUUCAUACUACAACUAAGUGUUCAAAUAGUUUGUCAUUGAUACUUAGUUUCUUUGGGGUACAAUAUUUUACAGUACCUCUGUAAUCCAGCACAUUGUAUAAUCCAUCGUAUAUAAUUGUACUCCUAAUUGAUGCUGGAUUUCACAGGAUGUUUUGUUUCGGGACUAGUAUUUAAUCCUCUGUACAGUAUGGUUUGUUUAUGGAAAAUUCUGUGAAUUAAAUGUGUGUGUGUGUGUGUGUGUAUAGUAACUUAGGGAAGUCACCUACAGUAUUAUUUAACUGCAGUGUGUAUAAACUGUCAAGUUGACAAAGGAGCUGCUGUGAGCUUUGUACCGUACAUAUUAGGAGCAGCAUUUACUUUACCUUUGGUAGCUAGGCAACCAAGAGACGCUGUACAACCAUCCCUUGUGCAAAGCAGUGAAGAACAAAUAAAAAAAGGAAGAACUUUGAAGUGAAGUGGAAACAUUUAAACAGCUUCUGCCUUUCCUCUGUAAGGAGAUUAUUAUUGUAUGUAUUUAUCAUGACAAAAGGCAGUUUAAAAACAAUGUGUUUGGUGUAAGGGGAUCCUUUUCUUCUACAGUGGCACAGAGAGAAGGAGAGAGUGCAGCAGGAUGAAACCUGCACAGUCCCACCUCUCACUAGUCUUGAAUGGGGACAAGUUUUGGAAAUACAGGUUGGAAAGAGAUCCCACUGAAGGUGGCAAAAGGAGGCUGAAAUUGCAAGGGAAAGAGCUGAUAUCUGUACCCUUGGAAGUAUUUGAUCUGGAGGAACUGCAAGUCCUUGAGAUGAGCCCAGAGCGGGAGAGCUGCCUGACCUACAGGAUGGAUUUGGUCCCGAGAGAAAUUGGACAGCUAAGGAACCUGUCUAUUCUUAAUCUAGACACCAAUGAGCUGAAAGUCAUCCCUGCUGAGAUAGGAGCCUUAAAGAACUUGGAGAGACUGACCCUCAGCAAUAACUUCUUGAGCUUCCUUCCCAAAGAGUUUGGGAGACUCCAGAAGCUUACCAGCUUACACCUGGCCAAUAAUGCCUUCAGGGAGUUUCCAAUCCAGAUUUGCCAGAUGAGAAACCUUACGUUUUUGGAUGCCAGUGAUAACAAGAUCAGGACGAUCCCUCCCAGUGUUGAGAACCUGUCAAAGCUGGAGACCCUGCUCUUGUUCUUCAACAGGUUGGAAAGCCUGCCUGAGACUUUCAGUAAUCUCAGGAGCCUUCACACUUUGUGGCUGGGCAAAAACAAGCUGAGGACUCUUCCCAGGAAGUUUGGGAACCUUGUGAACUUGGAAUGGGGGGACAAUCAGUGUUCCUCAAACUUCGAAGGGAACCCACUUGAAAACCCUCCGCUAGAGAUAUGCAGAGGAGGCCCACUGGAGAUCAAACAAUAUUUUGCAGCCUGGAGUGAUGAAGGUUAUUUGAUUUCUUAUGCUGCUGCUUUUUAAACUAUACAUUUUUUGUUAAACUUUGGUGUAUAGCAUCUGUGCUGAUGUUGAUUUGAUGUUAUGGGUGGUCAGCUUUAUCUAAAUAUUUACUAUCUCUCAGUCACACUAUAACAGGUGUGUAUUACCCUUGGUAGUUUCCCCUUUGGUGCAAAUAUAUAACAUAACAUACUAUCUCAGUGCUAAUGGAAAACAGAAAUACUAAGCAAGCAGCUUAUUUAGCUGGCCUGAUUGGCACCUUUUAGAAGAUUAGUGAUAUUUGGGGUCUGCAAAACCAUCCAAAAAUAAUUUGUUGGUAGAAUUGUAACUUGCAAAAAUACAAAUAAAGAAAAACCAAUUUAUUGAGUCCUUAAUGCAUUAUUUCAGUCUCCUGCUCAUGAUUUGAAUACAGUCACACAAUGUUAAUCCCUGAUCAUAAGAACAUAAGAACAUAAGAAAGUUUACAAACGAGAGGAGGCCAUUCGGCCCAUCUUGCUCGUUUGGUUGUUUGAUUGCUUAUUCCCAGAAUCUCAUCAAGCAGCUUCUUGAAGGAUCCCAAGGUGUCAGCUUCAACAACAUUACUGGGGAGUUGGUUCCAGACCCUCACAAUUCUCUGUGUAAAAAAGUGCCUCCUAUUUUCUGUUCUGAAUGCUCCUUUAUCUAAUUUCCAUUUGUGACCCCUGGUCCUUGUUUCUUUUUUCAGGUUGAAAAAGUCCCCUGGGUCGACAUUGUCUAUACCUUUUAGGAUUUUGAAUGCUUGAAUCAGAUCACCGCGUAGUCUUCUUUGUUCAAGACUGAAUAGAUUAAAUUAUUUUAACUUGUCUGCAUACAGGCUUAUAUCCAGGAGGUCCCCGGUUCAAAUCCCACCUCAGCUACUGACUCAUUGUGUGACCCUGAGAAAGUCACUUAACAUCCUUGUGCUCCAUCUUUCGGGUGAGACGUAGUUGUAAGUGAUUCCGCAGCUGAUGCAUAGUUCACACACCCUAGUCUCUGUAAGUUGCCUUAGAUAAAGGCGUCUGCUAAAUAAACAAAUAAUAAUAAUACAACAUGCUUUUUAAACCCUGGAUAAUUCUGGUCGCUGUUCUGUGCACUAUUUCUAGAGCAGCAAUAUCCUUUUUGUAACGUGGUGACCAGAACUCACCUCUUCAGACAGCACCUGUAGAACUCCUCUUUUUUUUCCCCCUGGACACUUUAUCACUCUUCCUUAAAUGCGCUUUACUUGCUCUUAUCUGCCCCCUAUUUUACUGCAUUUAAUCCUGUACUUUAGAGUAUUGUAAUCUGUCAAGUGUUGUUUAAUCUGUAGUAUUUUGUAUUUAAUUAUAUCCUGAUGUAACUAUCACUGACACUGUUAUCUGCUCUGUUACUGAAUCGUAUUUUGUCAUACUUGUACUUGCUAUAACCAAAGUCAUUGUAUUUAUCUUUCUCUUAAUUGUAUUAUUACUUGUACUGUGAUUCUUGAAAUGUAUUUUUGUUUACGACUGUAAGUCGCCCUGGAUAAGGGCAUCUGCUAAGAAAUAAAUAAUAAUAAUAAUAAUAAUAAUAAUAAUAAUAAUAAUAAUA